GACUCCAACGCAGAAAAAACGCGCGCGUGCGCUCACAGCUCGCGCGACUGCACUAAUAGAUUGCAGAAGGCACUCCCAAGGACAACAGCUACGAGUCGCCAUAGUUGCCGCACCCGUAAACAGGUCGACAACAGCUGUGGUCAGACAGCUGCCAACGCAGCCGUAAGCACGUCGAGUGGCAGGAUGCGUUUUCUAGCCGUGAUCGCGGCAGCAACGGCGCUGGCGCCGUCGUUCAAGACCACCAUAAGCAGCAAUAGUAAUGAUUGGAAGAAGGGCGUCGAUGAAGCGCUGACGCUGCUGGCUCUGGAACGAGGCACAGCGCCGGCGCCGGACCUGGCCAUCGUCACCGUGGGGCUGCCCUUGGAAAGAUAUUUCGAGACGAUCAUCGACGAGGCCUUCGAGAGAACAAGAGCGCAGACCCUCGUCGGCGUCGUGGGCGCGGGCGUCAUCGGCGGUGGCAAAGAAAGAGAAUUGCAGCCCUGCGUCGCCAUCGCCGCCGGGAACCUGCCGGAGGGUUCUGAAGUCGCGCCCUUUACAUUAUCGGGAGAUCUCGAGGACCCGAGGCAACAUCGGGAGACGGAGCGUUUAUUACGGGCGAGCAAGGCCUGCGUGUUACUAGGUGAUCCUUUUUCCCCAAUAACAAAUGCGGCUUCACUCGUAGACGGCUGGCUGCCAUCCCAACCCGUGGUCGGCGGGUUGAGCUGCCCCGCGUCGCAGGAACGGCCUUCUCUGGCCAUUCGAACCAAAGGCACGACUAUGUCCACGCCGCCGGGCACGGUCUGCGGUUUAGCUUUUCGCGGUGCUAACUUAGAAAUGCACGCCCUGACGGCCCAGGGCGCCGCCGCGACGGGCCCGGUGCACGCCGUCACGAAGACGUCCGCUAAACACCUAAUCCAGGAGCUCGACGGAAGACCGGCCAUCGAGUCGCUGCGCGAGACGCUCUCAAAAACGCUCCAGAAGGACUCCAGAGUGGCCGAGCUGCUGAAGAACGCGCUGCUGAUUGGAUUAAGGCCGCGAGGUUCCAAGGACGACGCUUUUUUAGUAAGGCAGGUCCGCGGCGCCGGGUCGGACGGCAGCUUGCUGAUUGGGGACGAUUCGAUAUCGGACGAGACGGAGUGUCGAUUCAUGGUUAGGGAUGAUGUCGCCGCGCGCGAGGACCUCGAGGAUACGAUAAAACGGUAUUCAUUGGAGAAGAUGUUCAAGGGUACUGGAAGGCCUUUACUAUCCGUACUAUUCGCCUGCGGCGGGCGCGGCGAGGGCUUGUUCCGGGAGAACGGCGUCGACUCCCAAGCCAUUAGGGAGGCGACCGACGAGGCCCCUUGCGUCGGCUUCUUUGCGAACGGCGAAUUGGGCCCUGUCGGCGCGCGCAUCUCGGAUGGGGCGGAUCGGAUCCCUACUUAUUUACACGGGUUCACCGCGACGUGCGGCGUGCUCGUGGACACAUCAGGUGAUGCGGACGCGGGCGACGCCGACGAGGGCGAAGCGUAG